AUGGAAAAUUCUUCAAACUCAACAAAUAAUUCUUUCUUGAAUCCUUUACCAAGAGUAAUAAUUAAUGGUGAAUUUACUCUUACUUCGUUCGUUAAAGAACUUGAAGAUAGGCAUAGCUCAUCUAUUGACUAUGUUGGUACCUUUCCGUUAUCCGCUUAUAAAUAUUUCUUUCCAAAGUUAACAAGCGGAGAUUUGGUUAUCUAUCGUAGUAAUCCAGGGCCUCAAGGACCUAUUGUUCCAACAAAUCUUCGCUUAGGUGAUGCCAUAGCACAUGCUGAACAACGUACAAUACAAUCUGGCAGUCCAAAACGCGCGACAAUCUUAGCUAAUAAUAUUGUUAGAUUUAAUGUAAACUUUAUAAUAAAAUUUUAG